AUGUCGCCCAAAAUCCUCGUCGUGCUCUCGUCCCAUGACAAGCUAGGCGAUACUGGCAAGCAAACAGGAUGGUACCUUCCCGAGUUCGCCCACCCGUACUACAAGCUGGAGGGCAAGGCCGAUAUGACCAUCAUCUCACCUAAAGGCGGCGCAGCGCCGCUAGAUCCAAGCUCGGUGGAGAUGUUCAAAGAAGAUGCCGAAGCGUCCAAGUUCUUAAAGGAGAAGGAAGCGCUGUGGACCAACACCGACAAGCUCAGCAACUACCUUGGCAAGGCGGAUCAGUAUGAUGGCAUUUUCUACGUUGGCGGACAUGGACCAAUGUUCGACCUAGCCACCGAUUCCGACUCACAGCAGCUCAUUAAGGAGUUCUACGAAGCCGGCAAAGUCACCUCAGCCGUCUGCCACGGUCCCGCCGCUUUCGUCAACGUCAAGCUCAGCGACGGCUCCUACCUUGUGAAGGACCAGGAGAUCACCGCCUUCACCAACACGGAGGAGGAUCAGGUCGGGCUUUCAAGCGCCAUGCCUUUCAUGCUCGAAACAAAGCUGCAGGAGAACGGCGCCAAGAUCGUCAAGGCUGACCAGCCGUGGGGUGUGAAGGUUGUUCAGAGUGGCAAGGGCGGAAAGUUGAUCACGGGACAGAACCCAGCAAGUGCGGCUGGGAUCGGUGAGGCCAUCUUGGCCGCGUUGUAG